CACACUUCAUGAAUAUUUAACAAUAGACUGAGUUCUAGGAGGAGUUUAAAACAAAGAAUACACAACAAGUUCAUCUCUUAGGAAGAAUAUAAUUCUGACUUUCUUGAGGACAAAAAAAAUUGUGAAAGAUAAAAACCAGCCACGGUCCUCUGGACAGAUUUUUGGCUAAGUUAUAAUUAACACCCAGUAUUCCCUACCUGCAGGAGUGAAGACAACACACAACAGCAUUGCAGAUGAAGUAUGUUGUUUCUAAGAGAAUGCAUGAUCAGGUAGGUAAUAUGAAAAUGUUACCACGAAGAAGGUCUAUUUUCCGUUGGGUCACUUAAGAUACCCGCAUAGCACAGUCCAAAGGAAAACCGCAUAUAUCAAGACCCUCAUGAAAAUGUAACCUUGAACUCAAUCUGCACGCAUCUCUAAGCUUUUGUCUGCAUCUGAGCUGCCCAGGGGUUGGGUUCUGACACACUCUGCUCAGAAAUGCUUUUAACAGGGUCCUGAGCAACGGGUCACUGGCUAAAUCCUCACCUUGCCAUCACCCAGAUCCCAUAUGGAUGCCAGUUAUGUCCCAGCUGCUCCACUUCCCAUCCAGCUCCCUGCUUGUGGCCUGGGAAAGCAUCAGAGGUUGACCCAAAGCCUUGGGGCCCUGCAAUGCCUGGGAUACCAGGGAAAGGGUUCUGGGUCUGCAUAGGCUCUAACCAGCUAACAGAAGUUCUUUCUCUGUGUCUCUCCUUCUCUGUGUAAAUUGACCUUUCCAAUAAUGCCAGGUCCAAGCGGCCAGCUUCCAGCCAUGGGCAGUCCCUGUUGUCAUCACCAAUGACUAGCCAGCAGGAUGGAGUCUGGCUGGUGAAGCUGUAACACCAAGAGCUGACAGCCACCAAGCUUCCUCCCCAGUCUGGGGAUGUGCUGCUUUUCUACCAGCUCUCUUGGCUCUUCAGUACCAUAGAGGUGUGGGCCUCCACCAUCCUAGCCUUCCUGCUCUGUUCCUGAGUGUGGCCUAGAACUGACAUUUUGCUGUCUCCCAGUUCUCUCACUCCCUGACACACAGGGCACAGACUACAGGACAGUGACAUGGAUGCCCCUCCCACAAAGCCCACCCCAGUGCAGACACUUCAAGAGGAGGCUGUGUGCCCCAUCUGCCUCGAUUACUUCACAGACCCUGUGUCCAUCCGCUGUGGGCACAACUUCUGCCGAGAAUGUAUAACUCAGUUGUGGAGUAGGAAGCAGGAAGAGUGGAAUGCGAUCGGAUUGGCUGAGGAGGAGGCUGUGGAAGGCAUUGAAGGGUUGGACGCCUCCAAUUUAGGGGAACAAUUUGAGGGUGACUUGGAGGAGGCUGGUGAGAUCCCAGAUUCCAGCUGGGACAACACAGAUUACAUGUGGGAAGAGGAGGAGGAAGUGGAGGAGGAAGAGGAGGAGGAAGGGGAGGAGCAGGACAGGGAGGAGGAAAUCCUGGACUUGGCAGAUAUACAGGAAGAGCUUAUGGGCGAGGAUGAAGAGAAUGUUCUAGAAGAGCAUGAGGAAGAGGAACUGCAGCCUGUUAACCCUGUGCUUCCCCCUGAAGUGCCUCAGAGGCUGUUCACCUGCCCUCAGUGCCGAAAGAGAUUUUGUCAGUCCAGCUUCCGCCCCAACGUGGAGCUCGCCAAUAUGGUGCAGGUGAUUCGGCAGAUGCAGCCAACCUCUGAGCAUGGGAGGCCUGUAAAUGAGAGCAUGUGUCCUAAGCACCAGGAAGCCCUGAAGCUCUUCUGCACCGUAGAUGAAGAGGCCAUCUGUGUGGUGUGCCGCGCAUCUCGGGGCCACAGAAAGCACAGUGUGGUGCCACUGGAGGAGGUGGUGCAGGCAUACAAAGCCCAAUUGCAGGAGCAGCUGGAACCCCUUAGGAGGCACCUGGAAGCUGUUCAGAACCUGAAGGCCAGGGAGGAGAGUCGUUUGAUGGAGGGUAUGAGCCAGAUGAAUGCACAGGUGGCACAUGUAUCCUCGGAGUUUGGGCAGCUGACUUACUAUUUGUACCAAGAGCAGAAAGACCUGGAGAGACGCAUAAAAGACCAAUACAAACGUAAGAUAUGGCAGGCACAGGUGGAAGCCGAGCACCUGUCAGAGCUGACCACCAAGCUGAGCUGCCUGCUGGCUGAGACCCAGGAGCGGAGCCAGCGGGGCAACCUACGGCUGCUUCAGGAGACUCUGGGAAAGUGUGAAGAAAUACAGCGGCAGCUCCCACACGUCAGCUCCCCUGACCUGAGCAAUCCCAAAGGUGAUGACUUCAUGAAAGAUGCCGUCGUGAGGAAAAUGAGCCAGAACUUCUGUGAGGAUGCAGGCCUGAAUGAGACAUCUGACCCUGGCACAUCUCAUGCAGCCUCAAUGCCAUCUUCUGAUUGCCAUGACCCACCUGAUGAACACGCAGAAGGUUACUAACCAUCACACAAGUGUUUCUCAACCCUCAGCCCACUGCUGCAUAUUCGUUGCCAAAUAUUUCUAGUGCAGCUGCAUCUGCUACGCAGGUGGGCCCAAGGACCUGGCCCAGACGCCCUGAGUCCCACUAGACCCUCUGCCCCCAGGACUCAGACCCAGCACCUACUGCUCAUGAGGUCGUUAUGCUGUAGUAACAGAUAUCGUUUCAAUUUCAAUUUUCAAUUUAUUGUUGCUAGUAUGUUAAAAGAGUUAUGUGUUUUUCAUCCUUAGCGUGUAUCAUGUUCUUUUACUAAAUAAAUAAAAACAUGGGAGCAUUUA